AUGAACAAGAUGAAAAACUUCAAACGGAGGUUUUCGCUCUCGGUUCCACGGACGGAGACCAUCGAGGAGUCGCUGACGGAGUUCACGGAGCAGUUCAACCAGCUCAACAACCGGAGGAAUGAAGACCUGGCUCAAGGGCACCUGCAACUGGGACAGCUGGGCAGGGACUUCCGAGCGGACACCAGCCCCAUCUCCCCCUCCGAGGCGGAAGGCCAGUCCCCGAUGGCUGUGCGCUACCGCAACAACAACCAGCGCCGCUUCUCCAUGGAGGAUGUCAGCAAGCGUCUCUCCCUGCCCAUGGACAUCCGCCUGCCCCCCGAGUUCUUGCAGAAGCUGCAGAUGGAGAGCCCGGAGUUCCCCAAACACCUCAGCAGGAUGUCACGACGGGCUUCCCUCUCAGAUAUUGGGUUUGGGAAGCUGGAAACCUAUGUUAAACUGGACAAACUGGGAGAGGGCACUUAUGCCACUGUCUUCAAGGGACGCAGCAAGCUGACUGAAAACCUCGUUGCCCUGAAGGAAAUCCGCCUGGAGCACGAGGAAGGGGCACCUUGCACGGCCAUACGGGAAGUGUCGCUGCUGAAGAACCUGAAACACGCCAACAUCGUGACCCUGCACGACAUCAUCCACACGGAGCGUUCCCUCACCCUCGUCUUCGAGUACCUGGACAACGACCUCAAGCAGUACCUCGAUAACUGUGGGAACCUGAUGAGUGUGCACAACGUGAAGAUCUUCAUGUUCCAGUUGCUGCGUGGUCUGGCUUACUGCCAUGGGAGAAAGAUCCUGCACCGAGACCUCAAACCCCAGAACCUGCUCAUCAACGAGAGAGGAGAGCUCAAGCUGGCCGACUUCGGACUAGCCAGAGCCAAGUCAGUCCCUACCAAAACGUAUUCCAAUGAAGUGGUCACGCUGUGGUACCGCCCCCCCGAUGUCCUGCUGGGAUCUACCGAAUAUUCCACACCCAUCGAUAUGUGGGGCGUUGGGUGCAUCCACUACGAGAUGGUCACCGGGCGGCCCAUGUUCCCCGGCUCCACGGUGAAAGAAGAGCUGCAUUUGAUCUUCAGGCUGUUGGGAACCCCAACAGAAGACACCUGGCCUGGAAUAACAUCCAACGAGGAGUUCAAGGCUUACAAUUUCACGCAGUACCGAGCCCAGCCGUUAAUAAACCACGCCCCAAGGCUGGACUCGGAAGGCAUUGACUUGCUGAUGAACCUCCUUCUGUACGAAGCCAAAGGCCGGAUUUCGGCGGAGGCAGCCCUGCGGCACGCUUACUUCAAGAGCCUGGGGGAGCGGGUGCAUCUCCUGCCUGACAAUGUCUCCAUCUUCUCCCUGAAGGAGAUCCAGCUUCAGAAGGACCCUGGCUACCGAGCCUCAGCCUUUCAGCAGUCAGCCCGAGGGAAGAACAGGAGGCAGAGUAUAUUUUAA